CAUAUCAGGUGCCUGCCUGAGCAACUCCCUCACCAAAGACGCCACGCCCGCCAAGCCAACCACAUCACGGUCGCCCAUUGAAUCGACACACCUUCGCGAGUCCUCCAGUUUGCCACACUCAUGCUCCAUUCCGCUGGAUACAGUGUUGCUAUUGUGUCACAAGGUCUCCCCCCCUCAACACGCCCCCCCUUUUCCCGUCCGAGCCACAAAAAUGAGGAUUCAGCGUGCCACUCGGGUGCGCCGGGGAAGACGCUAUCGGAUCCUUGGGCCGAUGAUCUGGGAUUGGGUCGAUGACAUCAUGCGAGAUUGGGGAUGCGUGGAGGGUGGGGAUGACGAGCAAACAAGUGCGGUGCAAGAUGCUUCGUCACAGCCCCCACACGCCCCCGACACACCGGUCGUGCUUCGGAGAACCCAAGCCACUGCGGUCGGCGACGAUACACCCACUCCCGAUUCGACACCACGGAAGCGACGCCGUACCGGCGAAACGUCCCGGCCGCUGGCGCAGCGCGCCAUAUUCG